UCUUUUCCGGUGGCCAUUCACUCAUAGUUAUGAAGACCAUUGAGGCCAAUCAGAUUGUGAAGAUCCCUGAGGGCAUUGACAUCCGUGUCAAUGCCCGUAAGGUGACCGUCAAGGGCCCCCGGGGCUCGCUGACCCGUGACUUUGGCCACCUGGCAGUGGUCAUUAAGAAGAUGGGCAAGCGCUCUAUCAAAGUGGAGAAGUGGUUCGGCAAGAGGAAAGAGCUGGCCGCUGUGCGCACAGUCUGUAGCCACAUUGAGAACAUGAUCAAGGGCGUCAAAAAGGGUUUCCUUUACAAGAUGAGGUCUGUGUAUGCCCAUUUCCCCAUCAACAUUGCCAUCCUAAACAACAACCGCACUGUGGAAGUGCGUAACUUCUUGGGAGAGCGAUUUACGAGGACCGUGGACAUGUUGCCGGGGGUGACGUUCAAGGCGUCCGGCCAGCAGAAGGACGAGUAUGUUCUGGAGGGUAAUGAUAUUGAGCUGGUGUCACGGUCAGCUGCACUCAUUCAACAGUCCGCUCUGGUGAAGAGGAAAGAUAUCCGAAAGUUUUUGGACGGUAUCUAUGUGUCCGAGAGAACGACUGUGGAGGAGGAUUGAGCUCCCUUGACGCGUGUAUUAAUGCAGUAAAUGAUGUCCCCAGCA